GACAGCUGGGGAGAUCUGGAAAGAUUUCUGUCUGGGUGCCUGUCUCUGGCGCCGCAAGGGACACAGCUCGGCUGGUGACACCGUAAAGGGGGGAGCGUCAGUGACAAGAAGAGCAAGAAAAGUGACAGGGACACCGGUUGCUAAGCGGAUGAGCAGAUCCCUAAUGCCAUAGAGAUGAGAACCAGGGACCGAUAAUACAGAGACGCUGGUGAACUGCAUUUUGGUGGCAGCUGGGACAGACACAGAGACGGAUUCUUCUCUUAAAAUCUGCAUCCCAGGGCAGAGAGUCGGCUGGCACUCACAUACUCAUUCUCUGUCUUCUUUCUCCAAUCAUUCCUUCAGUCCUUUCUCAGUUACCAAGGCUUGAUAGAAGAUACGAAGAUACAAAUGAGUAGCUGUUGAUAACGAGGAAAAACCUAGUUGUUUAGAUUGUUAUAUUUAAAAGAGGCUUGCUCUCAUAUCCUGUCCUGUAGAACAUGAUGCACAAAAUCUCCAGAAUGACUGUGGAACAAAGACUUCUCUAAUUUAGGCAAAAAACUCCAGAGUUGGACAUCAUCUCUUGCCUUUGCCCUUCAAUCUUGAUAUGGCUAUCAUGGCAUGCUGGUGGGUCUUUGUGACAAUAACUUUUUGUUUUUCUUACCUCCCACCAGGAGCACACAGCGAUUGCUGGUUGAUUGAGGGAGACAAAGGUUAUGUCUGGUUGGCCAUAUGUAGUCAGAAUCAACCACCUUAUGAGACCAUUCCUCAGCAUAUUAACAGUACAGUACAUGAUCUCAGGCUUAAUGAAAAUAAGUUAAAGAUAAUUGGGUAUGCUUCCCUUUCUCGCUUUGGAAACCUGACAGAUCUGAACCUAACCAAGAAUGAGAUCUCCUACAUUGAAGAUGGAGCCUUCCUUGGACAAUCCAAUUUACAGAUUCUUCAGCUUGGUUAUAACAAGUUAACCAAUUUGUCUGAGGGAAUGCUUAGGGGUAUGCCCAGAUUACAAUUUCUCUUUGUUCAGCAUAACCUGAUUGAGGUGGUAACCCCAGGAGCUUUCUCCGAAUGUUUAAGCCUUAUAAGCAUUGACUUAUCUUCGAAUCGACUCCAAAAGCUGGACAGUUCUACCUUUGUUGGUCUUCCAGCACUAAUGGCAUGCGAACUGGCUGGAAAUCCUUUUCAUUGUGGUUGCGAACUAUAUGGCUUUCUUGAUUGGCUUGUCAUGUUUAACAAUUUUACUCGAAAUUAUGAUCGUUUACAGUGUGAAAGUCCUAGAGAGUUUGCUGGUUACCCACUCUUAAGCCCCAGGCCUCACCACAGUCGGAAUGCUAUAACUGUUCUUCAGGCUCGAUGCAAAAAUGGAGGAAUAUUUUCUGUACCACGUGAAAGACCGACUCCAUUCAUACCAGAUUCCUUACAUGAUCCAGAUGAAAAUUCUGGCUAUAGUCCUGGGGACGUUUUAUAUCCUGAGCCAACACCUCCCUUCACCACAGACUCAUCUGUUAUGCCCACCAUUGAAAUUCAUCAUGUGACUGGAAGUUCAGCUACUUUGAUUGUCACUAUUCCAUAUCCAUAUAAAAAGAUGUACAUUCUGGUGCAGUAUAAUAACAGUUUUGUAUAUGAUGUGACAACUUUGAAGCACAAAAAGGAAUAUAUAACCUUAGAUAAGUUGAAGGCUCAUGUAAAUUACACUUUCUGUGUGGCUUCCAUACGCAAUUCAAAACGCUACAACCAUACAUGCCUCUUUGUAUUCACUCGUUCUAAGGAGAAGGAAGAAUUUUCCCCCAAUGCUUCCACUACUACACACUAUAUCAUGACCAUAUUGGGCUGCCUCUUUGGUAUGGUUAUCAUACUGGGAGUUGUGUAUUACUGCUUAAGGAAGAAAAGGAUGCAAGAGGAGAAAAAAAAAUCACUCAAUGUUAAAAAGACUAUUCUUGAAAUGCGGUAUGGUUCAGAUAUUGAUCCAUGUCUGGGAGCCCAUUCUUCACAGAAGAUGUCAGAGCAUCCCAUCCCUAUAUCUCGCAUUUCUUCACUGCCCACUUCAGUGUCUGGACUUGGAGGUGGAGAUAAAGGUAUUUCUAAACCUAUGAAUUCUCAAAUGGGAACACCUAAAUGUCCAAAGGGAACUAGCUACAUGGAAGUAAGAAGUGGAGAAGGGCUAGAAAGAGGUCAAAGAGGGAUUUCAGGAGGAGAUGAAGAUGAAGAAGAUUUUCGGGAACUAGACAAUGGUGAGGGCUCAGCAUCUGAGAUAUCAACAAUUGCCAAGGAGGUAGAUAAAGUGAACCAAAUUAUUAAUAAUUGUAUUGAUGCCCUAAAACUAGACACAGCUUCUUUUUUAGGCGGGGGGGACCCGGAGCUGGGUUACGAUUGCCAGUCAAUCCCAGCCAGCUCUUCGGGUCACCUAGAGCGGUUGAGCUUCCUCUCUCCUCCAUACAAAGAGGGCGUUCACCCUCUUCAGCGCCAGCUGAGUGCAGACGCGGCCACAGUUGCGAAGAAACGUUGCAGCAUUUCAUCUAGUGGCUCCAUUAAAAGUGCCAGGGUAUUUAGCUUGGAUGUACCAGAUCAGUCUCUAAAGUGUGACUCCAAGUAUAUCGAGAAGAGCAGCCCCCUGAAUAGCCCUUUGGAUCGCCUUCCAUUAGUAUCUUCUUCUGGAGUCCACCAUUUAGAUGUCAAGCCUUCCUAUCACUGUAGUGAACACCGCCACUCCUUUCCUGCUCUGUAUUACGAGGAAAGCGCUGAUACAUUAAGCCAGAGAGUCAGCUUUCUGAAGCCACUGUCACGUUCUAAGAGAGACUCUAGCUACUCCCAACUGUCACCAAGACACCAUUUCUCUGGAUACUCCUCCAGUCCAGAGUACUCCACUGAAAACACCCACAAGAUUUGGGAGCGCUUCCGUCCUUAUAAAAAACACACCCGAGAAGAGGUCUACAUAGCAGCUGGACAUGCCCUGCGCAAAAAGGUCCAGUUCGCGAAAGGAGAGGACUUGCACGAUAUCUUGGAUUACUGGAAGGGAGUGUCUGCUCAGCAGAAACUGUAAAUUACACCUGUCAAGGUGCUUAGAGCCGGCUAGGGCUGUGGACACGUCUCAGCUGAGAAUUGUGGUGCUGAAGCACUACAGUUUGCAAUUAAAGUUUACAUUGGAGGUGGGGAUGUUCCCUCACAGAGGGGAGACAAAGAGAUUGUGAGUUCUGCACAGGGAAUUUUCUGGCACAGACCUCCUCCCCUUUUUAACACUUUCCCCCACGUCUCCACACACUGUAUUGGUGACUUUCUUUCCAUUUACAUAUUUUUGUUGCUAAAGAUUUUCUUUAAUUUUUAUCAUUUUGUUAAAAAAAAUGAUAUGUAUUGCUCUGAAUGUUGCAAGCUGAUGUCAUGUACUCUCCCCCUUACAGAGCGCCAUUCCUCUAAUAAUUUUAAAUAAUAAUCUUCUCCUAUAGUUUCUUCAGUACUUGUAUAAAUUGAUAGGAAUGACACAAAGCUGGCAUUAAAGCAGCAAUCUAAUGUGAUGGUGAAUUUUCUUCCCAGACCUCUGGAGAAUAGUCUGUCCUGCUUACAAUAAUGAAAUAGUAACCUUAAAUGAGAUUUGUCAUCGUGAUCAAAAAAUAGCUUCUCCAAAGUAUCAUUAAAUGCUCUGUAACGUAUAGGUAAUAUAUGUUGACCAUGAUUACUGGAGAAGUUUGAGUCAGCAUAAUAAAUUCCAGUAUAUGUGAUUUUAAUAUGGACUGAAAAACCUCCCAUCUCUCCAAAAAUGUAUAUCAAACAUUAAUUAAUUGGCAAAUUUUUGCAUAAAAAGUUAUAUUUGCAAUUUACAAUUUCAUAGUGGCCCUGUUUCAUUGCUUAU